AUGAAGACCUCAUGCCAGCGGCCAACUUCAAUCCCAAUCAAACUUGCAAUUAUCAUUUUGUUCUCAAUUUCAUGUGCGAAUUCAGAGCAAGUUAAUCUAGACAUGUUUUUUCGAUGCCUUUCAAAUAAUUCUUCACCAUUUUACCCAGUCUUCCAGGCCAUCUACACCCCCAACAAUGCUUCUUUUCUCUCAGUUUUGAACUCUUAUAUAAAAAACCGCAGGUUUUUGACAUCUGCAACCCCAAAACCACUUGCUAUUAUAGCUGCCAAACACAUUUCUCACAUCCAAGCAGCUGUUACUUGUGCACAGCAUUAUGGCUUGGAAAUCAGGAUUCGAAGCGGUGGCCAUGACUAUGAGGGUCUUUCAUACGUAUCAAAUAAUCCAUUUAUAGUCCUUGAUAUGUUCAAUUUGCGUGCUCUAGACAUUGAUAUAGCAUCCGAGACUGCAUGGGUUCAGGCUGGUGCUACUCUUGGCGAUGUUUAUUACAGAAUUGCGGAGAAAAGUAAAGUCCAUGCUUUCCCUGCUGGGGUCUGUCCGACUGUAGGCACGGGUGGACACUUUUCUGGAGGUGGAUAUGGAAACUUGAUGCGAAAGUAUGGCCUCUCUGUGGAUAAUAUAAUCGAUGCGCAAUUAGUCACUGUUAAUGGAUCGAUCCUCGAUAGAAAAUCCAUGGGAGAGGAUGUGUUUUGGGCCAUUAGAGGAGGUGGUGGAGCAAGCUUUGGAGUCAUUUUUUCAUGGAGAAUAAAGUUGGUAAGAGUUCCAUCCAUGGUGACAGUGUUCAACGUUAAAAGGACAUUAGAACAGAAUGCAACAGAUGUUGUUUAUCGUUGGCAACAGGUUGCGGACAAGCUACCAAAGGACCUCUUCAUAAGGGCAAUGCCACAAGCAGUGAAUGGAAGUCAGGAAGGCAAGAAGACGGUGCAAGUUUCUUUCAUUGGACACUUCUUGGGAAAAUCUGAAAGCCUUAUCCCUUUGAUGAAUGUGAGGUUUCCCGAACUAAGAUUGCAGCAAGAUGACUGCAAUGAAAUGACAUGGAUUGAGUCUACUCUUUUCUGGGCAUAUUUCCCCCUCGGAACUCCCAUGGAUGCUUUAUUAGUCAGGCCAUCCAAGGCAGAUUUCUUCUUCAAAGGCAAGUCUGAUUAUGUGAAGGAACCAAUUCCAAAGACUGGUUUAGAAUCCAUAUGGAAGUUGUUGAUCGAAAUAGGGGAAAAUGGAUGGAUGCAAUGGAAUCCUUAUGGAGGAAGAAUGAGUGAGAUUUCGGAAUCAGAGACUCCAUUUCCGCACAGGACUGGAAACAUAUUCAAGAUACAGUAUGCCGUGAAGUGGGUGGAAGAAGGUACAGAAGCUACGAACCAUUACCUUGAACUUUCAAGAACCUUGUAUGAGGUUAUGAGACCGUACGUAUCAAAGUCUCCAAGGGAGGCUUUUUUCAACUAUAAAGAUCUUGAUAUCGGUAUUGCCAGUUCAAGUAAUAAUCGUACGAUCCUUAUUGACAGUGCACGAGUGUAUGGGAGUAAGUAUUUCAAGGGCAAUCUAGACAGGUUGGUGCGUGCGAAGACCAGCAUUGAUCCCUCCAAUUUCUUCAAAAACGAACAAAGCAUUCCCCCCGGGCCUUGAGCCAGCUUUAAGCGGUUUCCAGUCCAUGGCGGCCCUCCUUCAUGAGCUUGUUAAUAAACCAAAUCAAAGAGUUUUACAAAAUAAUACAUUUGAUCUA